GAUGCUUCACAAACUGUCUUCUUAAACUUAUGCCUUAGAAACGUUUGGUCACGUGGAGACCUGAGGAUUUGCUUGCACGUGCCUGGUGUGCCUGAAACUUAUGGAGCUCAGAUUCAGAAAAAACAUCUGAACACGCUUCAUCUCACCCAAGUUAGGGUCACGGACGCGGUCAAACUUCAGGCUCUUUGCCUCAGCGGACGUGUCUCGUACCGCUCCAGUUUAAACCGGCUCCUCUGACAUACAACACCGCGGACCCACCCCCCGCAGGACCGGGCGAGAGCAAAUAUGGCUGGGACCCUCCUCAUGAGGACCCUCGUGAUCUCCUCCUCUGUGCCUACGAGCCGCCCGCCCGCACAGUUCCGGGGCAGUGUCUGGAUUUUCUGUCGCGGACUGAAGACCGUUAGGAGCGCUCCUCUCCAUGGCGUCCACCCCCUCCGCCUCGGCUCUGUCCGCGGUGCUCCGCUGUCAACGCAACAUCUGGCCCGCCCCGAGCGCGCGCCUGACGGGGAGCACAGCGCGAGAGCUCCCGGUGGAGACGGCCUCGCUGUGGAACGCUUUUACGCACGGAGAGCGGAUCGUCCUUGGGCGCCUGGCGCUGUCUUGUAACGGGCCGUGGAAGAAGAAGCACUCACACAAAGUGUGUCAAAGGCUUUCGCAACCCGCACACGCGCACACUGACGGGCAUGCGCCUAAAAAAACUGGUGUGUCCACGCGCAUCUCGCUCCGUGCGCACCGGGCCAAAGUGGCGUUUGUUUGUGAAAGCGGUGGAGAACGCACGCGCUCCGUGUGUCCGCGAGGACUGGACACUGACCAGGAGAGCGCGUGGCUCUGGGCGAGGGGCGCGUGCGUGUCUAUGACGUCACUGUUGUCGCACUUUGUGAUGGUUCGUCUGCGCGUGCUGUUCUGCACCCGGACAGGUCACGAGGUCGAGGGCACGAGUCAGAGAGAAGAGCCGCAGACCUCAGGAGCAGCCACAGACUCGCGUCCAGCAGAGGGCGCUGUGCGCGGGGCCAGGAUCAAGGAGGACAGACCUGACUGAGUCCAAAGCUCCGCUCAAACAAACUGUUUUUACAAAACAGAGUCACAGACUUUAGCCUUUAACCUUUGGGGACACAGCACACUCACAAGUGACACAGAAUAUGUGUCUAUACCUCACUGACUGCAACACACACUGUUACUCAACAUCUGCCAAAGUCGUAAACUAAGGGACAGAGUUAGACCUGGGUUUGUGGUUCUGUGAAUGGAGCUGAAUGUUUGGGGAGGCAUGUUUCAAAAUGUCACUUUUAUAUUCAUUUAUGUAGAAUCAGUCUGAUCAUGAUUUUGUCCAAGAACUGCAGGAAAAGGAUUGGAUCAUAAAGUUCCAUAAUAAUAAACAGGCUGUAACAG